AUGAAGGAUUCAGAAGGGACUUACAUAAUAACGAGUUUCAUUGCAAAGCUGCGGUCCUCUUCUCCGCUGAGCUGCGACUCUGUUCCGCAGGACUAUGACGUCUGUGAAAGCGACGCAGACAUCAGUUUGUAUGAGGAAUAUGUAGGAAGUGGUCGUUUCAACAAGGUCAAACAGUGUGCUAUGGAUGCAUUUACUGUCAUCAGGGAUGCUGAUCGUGGAAAUGCCAGCAUUCAGUGGAAUCCAGGCCUCGGUCAGGCUGAAAUCGCAAUCUUCAAGGUCAUAUAUCCAAUCAUGAAGUCAUCUCUGGACUGUUUGAUGAAUCAAAUUGAUACUCUCGUCAUCCCAUCCCGCAAUGAUGAUGUGAAUCUAUACGAUUCAUCAACACUGACGUUUGAAGGGUUAUUCCUCCUUCUCAAGGUCUGUCUCGAGGUCAUAAAUCCUCUGGCAUAUUCUAGCGAUGGUACGGUCCUCUCCCAGCUCAUUGGACUGAUGGAAAAAACCUCAUCGCUACCAUUCCUGGUCAAGGCGAAUUUGGGUUGCAUUUCGAUUUAUUUGUGCAGAACGUAUUCAUCUGCCAUUCAUGCUCACCUUAUACACAGCUAUGAGUUGCUGUUGUCGCAGCAUACGAUUCUAUUCGCCAAUGUCCUGAAUAUGGCUCUGAACAACCCAGGGGCUGAAGUUGAUCCCGACGCCCUGCUGUUUUUGAAGAGAGUUGUGCAUUCAAUUCUCAGAAGGUUGCAUAAAUCCGUCAGUGUGGAUGUGGAAGAUUUGAGUGAAGACUCUGUAGUAAUGGCUACAAAGCUCGUAGAUUGUUGGUAUGGAUCCCUCGUCAAGUGUUUGAUAGAGCUACGCAAACGUUUGACCGCAGGAACCGAAAAGCCGGGGAAAAUUGCAAAGUUGUGCCGUAUCGUUUACGAAACGCCUCAAUUGCCACCAGCACAUAGACUUAGAUUGGUGAUACAGAUUGCAUUUCUCUUGAAGGAAUACCCAUAUACUGAUUUUCAGAUAGAGGCGCUAAAUGCAUUGACGACGAUGCUUGACUUUGGUCCGGAAUAUUCAAGUGCUAUACUAAGCAGUAAUUUACACCCUCUCCUAGGAGCGUUGUUAGAUAUUUUGAUAAAUCGCAAAUUAUGCGGAACACCAGAAGGGACAAAUCAAGAAACAGAUUGUGAAAAGCUCAUCGCCCUUGUUUAUUGUUUGGCUCAGCUUGUAAGAACCGCAAAACUUUUUAAACAUGAACCAGAUGCUGAGCUUGUUGAUGAAUUUUUACUAAAACAGAUUCAACUCCUUCUUAAGGAUGAAGAACCUGACAACAGUAUUACUGGGGAAAUACGCCUGAACACAAUGACAAAGGAUACGGAACAUUUGCCUGAAUUGAGUGCCAACUUCCCCUCAUUUGAUGACUUCAAAAACAACUGUGAAAGUUGUGAAAUACUUACAAAAUUGGUGCAAUUGUUCAGUGACUUGCUCAAGUUCAAUAAUGAACAACUGGAUGAAGCUAUAUCAUUGGUUCUUUGUUGGAUGUUGAAGGAGCUCGACUUUGAGCUUUGCCUCAAGUUAACAAUGCCUGUAUGUAUGGAAUUUUUAAAAACAAAACGCAGUAGAAUGAUUGAGAACAUUUAUAAAUCGGAUUUUCAAACACAUGGAACAGCAGCCAUAGCCACAUCAGCUUCAUCACGCUGGAUUUUUGGUGCUAGGAUAUUUCGCACUGCAAUAGAAGUGUUCAGGCAGAAUGAGGAGCUAGCCUCGAGCCAGCUAACGAAAGAAAUGAUUAAUAGUAUAUUUAAUUCUCUCUUGGAAAUUACUAUGGAAUCGGGAGGGAAAGUGGAUCAAGAGGUAGAAGAUUGCCUAGGCCUGUUCAUUUGCACCUUUGGAUUUGAUCUUUAUUUGCAAAUAUGCCCAUUGACAAGGCUGUAUGAGAUUCCUAUAACCUCUGAACAAUAUUCAACAGACUCAAUGUCUUACAUGCUCCCACUUUUGAAAAGGCAGCUUAAGGGUUCUCCACUUUCUUAUUUUGCACAGCAUAUUUUGCCGGUGGCUGUGCGUGUUGAGACGUUGUCCGCACGAUCAAAGGAGCUUGGCGAUGUUGAAGGUGGGACUACUUCCAAUCUGUUGAACGUAGCAAAAGAAUAUGAAGCUGUUAAUGAUCAAUUGAACUCACUUCUUGUUACUUUAGCUACUGGCGCAUCAGACUGCUAUGAAGCCCUGUCCGCAAACGAUUGUCAUCUUAUAAAGUAUAUUUUGUACCUCCUAGACAAGGGUGGAGAAAAGACACUUUGCGCAUGUAAAACGAUUUCUGCACUAGAUAACAUUGGUAAUAUUGCCACAAAACUUAUUGGAGUGUUGGUUAAAAAGUUUGUAGGUUUGGAGCUUAACAAGAAACCAGCCAACGCCGGAAAUUCUGUAAACACAGUAUGUGACGCAUUAAUAUCUGCAAUAUCAAAUUGUGCCAAGUUUUGUCCUUCAGACAUGUUAGCAAGUAACUUGGCAUCUUUUGAACAGGCACUAGAAAAGAAUAAUAACAGUGGAGACUCUUUAAUAAAGAUAUCACGUGCUCUGUUGCCUUCAGUUGAAGAUGAUUUAAAGAUAAAACUACAUGAGAACUGGUUAACCCUAAUAACUACUAAACGCACAAAGCAUUUAUACGGGGCUAUUAAAUGUAGUUGUGAAACAGCCUAUAACAUAAUCUCCAAAGACAAUGAUACAGUGUCUGAGUUUGUAAAGGUAGUUUGUGAUACUCAGGGACUAGAAAAAAUCGCACGCUGCUUAAGUCUAGCCGAAGAAGAGACUAAUGUUGGUGAUGAUGAGUAUAACAAACAACGUGUUGGUUCCAUUUGUGCACUGACAAAAUUGCUCGUUUUGAUAAAGAAUACUCCAUUCUGGAAUGAAUCCAUUCAGGCUCUUUCGCAGCAGCUGACAAAGCCAUUGGUUUUUGAGUCGAUAUUAAAUAUUUCUGCUCCAAAUUACAGCGCCAGAGCAAGUGCUGCUGCAAUUUACGAUUCUCUUUGCGCUCUUAAUAUGAAUGACAUGUGCAAUUUGCUUAAAUAUACGAUAUCUGGAUUAUCCUGUGGUGGUUCAACUUCUUUGCAAACAGGAGUCGUUAAAUGUCUGACCAGAAUGGUUGCAGCAUAUUCAGAUGUGGUUGAAAAAUAUGAUUUGAGUCAGGUGUUGAAAUAUCUAACUAAAAGGCUAUCUGAUGAUAACAUCAAAUUGUAUAUUCAACUUUUGAAAUUCUUUAGAGUAUGCGCUGUAAAGUUUAACCCUCCCAGGCUACAGUGGUUGACACCUCAUCUUUUAACAAUGUUCGAAAACGAAAAGUGUUGUGCACGGGCCAAGGUGUUUGUAAGGAGAGUCGUUGAAAAACUUGUCCCAAGACUCAAGAGGGAUAUAUUACUUCGCUUAUUCCCCAAGGAUCAUCUUCCACUUUUGCGCAGUAUUCUUGCUGCCAAAAAGAAGAAGAGAGUUGCAAAACUUAGAGCUGCUCUAUGUCCAGAUGAUAAUGACAACGAAGGUGAUAAGUUUGUGGAUAAGAUGUUUAAGACUGAUAGCGAAGGUAGACUAAUGUUGAAUUUGGACGAACAAGAAGAGGGAAUUCUCGAGGAGGUUGCCAGAGAAGAGGCAGCUAAAUUUAAAAAGAAGCCAGGAAGGCGCCCAAAGGUGGAAAAGCAGGCUUCACAGCCAUACACAUACCUAAAACUAAACAAAAACAAGCAUUCUGAGAAGCACAAGAGGGAAAAUAUCAAGGUGCUUAAAAAUAUCGUAAAAAAUAAACGCAACAGUAAAGGUUAG